GUAGUAGUUACAGAAUACAAAACGUUUAGUUACUCGCAUUCAGCUUUAGGUAUUCUGGUGAACAGCUGAAAGUUGAAACGUCGUUACAUUUGUUGGUGUCCCCUCACUUUUUUUUUUUGCUUUAUUACUUACUCUUCUUCUUCAUUACGCAAAAUGCUUUUAUUACAUGUAUAUAGACAAGUGAAACUGCAACUACAUAUAUAGAGUGAAAGAGACAGAGAAUUCUGUGUGUGUGUUUUUAAUCUGUGUACAUAGAGAGAAAGAGAGGUCUUUAGUUUGAUUGAUUAUGGCUUCGAAGCUUUUAAUGAUCACUGUCUUUGUUUUCGAUCUGAUUGCUUUUGCUUUGGCUGUUGCUGCUGAACAGAGAAGGAGCACUGCCACGAUCCAAACAGACAGUGAGCAGGUAUAUAGCUAUUGUGUCUAUGACUCUGACAUUUCUACUGGAUUUGGCGUUGGUGCUUUCUUAUUCCUCACGGUUAGUCAAGUCCUUAUAAUGGUUGCGAGCAGUUGCUUCUGUUGUGGAAAGGCUUUGAGCCCUGGUGGUUCAAGGGGUUGUGCUGUUCUUUUAUUCAUCAUAUGCUGGGUUACAUUUUUCAUUGCCGAGGUGUGCUUGUUGGCUGGUUCGGUUAGGAAUGCUUACCACACAAAGUAUAGAUCUUCGCUCUUGUUUAAUGAUAAGCCUGUAUCUUGUGAGACGGUGAGAAAGGGAGUGUUUGCAGCUGGAGCAGCUUUCAUAUUCUUCACCAGCAUAAUCUCUGAGUUUUACUAUGUGUCUUACUCCAAGGCCAGGGGUAGCCCCAGGCCAUAUGGUGGAGAAGCCGGUGUGGGGAUGGCAGCCUACAAAUGAGAGCUAUCGCGAGUUUCUGUACUAAUACAACUUUUCAAAUUUUUAGUUGCAGUUUACUUCAUACGAUAGGAGUCUGGUUUUUGUUGGAGAAAGUCCUUUGUAAUACCAUAGUAUUCAAAAGGUCUUUGAUUUUUCCCUGCUGCUGCAAAAGAGUUUACAAUGUUUUUUUGGUAUGAAUGUACAUCAUAUAAACUUCUCCUUUGUGAGAUACGAAACUGAUAGAGGAAAUGUUGUUACUAAGGCAGAACAGCAUUUGGCUUUAGUGCUUCA